ACCGACACUGAUAAUUAUUCCCUUGGCUUGUACCGCAGCGCAAGUGAUAGGGUGUACAACGCAUUCUGCCCACACACAUCAGAGUGUUCUGUUCCCUGCCAGCGAGUAGAUCCGGGAGGAUGAAGUUCAGUGAAAUAAUAGUUCCGCUAGUGGUGGCGUUACAAAUUGUACCGAAACUGGUGCAUUCGAUGCAACCGGCACUGUACGAACUGGACGAUUGGACCAAGUGUGACAUCGCUCCAGAGAAAGAUUGGUACUGCGUUGUGCGUGUGGUACUGUCCGGUGAUGCAGUUACGGCCUCAAGCUCCAAUUUUGAAGUGGAUGAUGUACGGCGAUUCCGAAGGACACUUCUCGAUCGUGGAGUUUGUUUGCCAGCUUCAGAAAGAACUGCGUCUAAAGUUAGCGCACUACCCAGGUCUAGUUUUCCCACCUCGUGGAACCGCUCGGAUCGAUAUGUUUUGAACCGUACGUUCUUUCCUGUUUCGAUGCAUCCGGACGUGUCGACAGAGCGGGCUGUUAGUGAUGAGAUUAAUCGACGUCUAGUGGCACAGUACCGUGGUCUUACGGCAUACACGGAGAUAGAAUACUGCUUGAAAAGUAACCCAAAGCCAGAGUUCGACCAAGCGAUCGGUGUUUCAGUGGCCGUCGCUCUAGCACUCGCUUGCGUUCUGCUGCUGAACGCUCGGCAAUGGAUCGGAGCCCCGGUUCGGACACGUUCGACGGAUCGUAAACCAACGAUCAAGCAGUUCGCACUGUUCGAUAUGUACAAAUGCUUCGGUUCGGUUGGAGUAGUUCUAGCGCACUGCUGUCUCUUUGGCCCAUUUCUGGUUCCGAUGAAGAACAUCGAGCUGUUGGAGGAAGUCAUAGCUCACCCGAACGCGAAGGUAUGGCGACUGGUCUGUCCCUUUCUGAUGCUGGUGUUCUUCACGAUGAGUUCCAUGCUGCUUACGGUGAAGCUUUUGCAUGCCGAUCCCUCCCACCGACCCACAUUCGGAGCGAUCGUUUUGAAUCGAUUGAUAAGACUGGUGCCACUGAAUCUGUUGAUGAUUGCAUUCGGUACGUUAGCGUACGAUCGGUUCAGUGGUGGUGGACCGCUCGGGUCGCGUCAGCUGAUCAUGGAGCAGGGUUUCUGCCGAUCGUACUGGUGGAUGAACGUGCUGUUCAUUUCCAACUUUAAUAUGCAUAAACCGUGCCUGCCAGACUCGUGGUACGUUAGUGCGGAUAUGCAACUGUACGUGUUGAUCACACUGACGAUCAUCGCAAUGUUGAGAACUCCCAAGCACACAUGGCCAAUUGUUGGAUUCAUGAUCACGUGUUCAUUCGUCGGACCAUUCCUCACAGUACUGUGGACUGAUUUUGAUCCCGUUGGACCUUCCAAUCUGCACGAGAUGCGUUUCUUUCUGCUCGACAGCAAUUUUAUGGCACAGCUUUACACACCUUUCUACAAUAACCUUGCGUGGAGCGUUAGUGGCAUGAUAGCUGGGAUCGUCUACGAUCAAUACCAACGAUCGGAUCCCAACUCUGAAUCCCAAAAGCGGAUAUUACGCAACUUGCAUCUUGCCAUUAUGAUCCUACUCGUAAUACUCGGACUGUCGAUCUCCGCUACGAUCACAGCUUCGGAAGAUGAAUCUCAAACCAACCGUUGGUGGUUGGCGGUUUGCUACUCGACGUACAAACUUAUCGCCGCAUCCUUCUUCGGUGCUUUCUUCUUGCGCAUAAUACUAGCAGAAAAAGAUAUUUACAUCCCACCGAUCGUUAGGAUGGGUGCAACGCUUUACUACUGCAUUUACUUCAUUCACUUUCCCGUCAUGCGAAUCGUUUAUUGUAGCGAUGUGAUUAGGGAGACAAUAGUAACACCUUUCUUUUUGCUUCGCAAAUCACUGAAGGUGUUUGGCAUUACGUACAUCCUGUCCGUACUGCUGCACUACACGUACGAAAAUACGGCAAUCAAAGUGCUGCGACGACUUUUCUAUGCCUGAUCGUAGCUUCUAUCUUAUGGCAGCUCUUUUACAUAUCAAAUGGAAGGGGGAAUUAAAGUUAUAAAUAGGGUAGAACAUUAUACAUACCCAGAUAACCAACACUUGUCGGAUGGGAUUGCGUUGGCAGCUCGCAGUAAGAAAUUAUUCAAAACAAAACCAAAAAUAUUAUAAGAAUCGUUAAAAAAGGUCUACAUCAAAUUAAAUCCUAGCAUUAAAAUAGGAAAACCUUUUAAUUUUUCAGCAAAAAGUUGACUUAUUUUCAUAAAACAUACCGAAGAUCU